UGAGAAAUCUGGGGCGGUGCAACUCGCUUUCGCGAUGCAACUCGCUUGCGCCCACCGCGUAGCGGUGGGUUAUUCGACCCACGAUUAAGACUUUUAUUUCUGCUUUUGGGUCACCGGCAACCGCGACGGGCUGAAUUGGCAUGUCGAGACGCUUGAGGGCACCGCCGAUUGAGCAAAAUCAUCUUGCCAGCCCUAGUCAGCCAGUACGAUUACUGCACUGAACUGAACGAACGUUUUGGGGUAUUUUGACUAGAAUUACAACGUUAUGAGGCUAAGCACCUGUGGCGUGGGCCGCCUCGAGGCCAAUAACUCCCGGUGAAGGCAAUCCAACAUGUCUGUGUUUGUACCAUGUUUAUACGGGUUGGCCCUCUCGACGACCUCUUGACGAUCUGCUGUCUGAGACAUCUGCUGUCUGAGACGCAUUUAGCACGUCGUGACGUUUUGUUCCGUUCUGUUCCGUUCCGUUCUUUCCGUUCUGUUUCGUUCUGUUCCUGAGCAAAGUCAUCCAUCUCACUUCCAUGCCUGAGCAUCGUUCUUCGACCGAGCCGCAAUUGUAUAUCUGAUCCAGAAUGUCUCAUCGAAGCGCGUCGUCAGAGCCAAGAAAGGCGGGGGCGGCAAUGAAUGGUGAGACAGACUUUGACCGAAGCUUUUGUUUAUGAUCGACAGGAACAUAAACAAUUCCGGCGUUAUCGUUAUCGAUAGUUUCUCCCUAGCAACGGAAUCAACAACAAUUGUUGUUGAUGCACCUGCUACCAUUCCACAUGCGACUUUAUUGAUUUCCUGCCACACCAAUAACCGAUAAUAGGAGCAAGAGAGGAACACAAGCCUCCAAUAUAACUGACAUAUAACGUUGUCGGCUUUACGCCUAUUCUCCGCUAUUCUACGGCGGCGGCUUCCAACAAAAUGCCCAGACGUUCUCAAAACGAAACGUUCCUGGAGCCCCCGAGGAAUUGCUUCACCAACUUCAACUAACCUAACUUCACUAAACAAGCACAUAAGAACACGCUACUUUACCACAACCCUGCGUUAAAUGUUCUGUUAGCGAGAUAGAAGAUAGACUGACUUCUAUAGGUGGGGGAGUGGGACGACGCGCUUUGAACUUGUCUCAGACUUUCCAUACAGCCGCUGGUGGGAUGGGAUGGUAAUAUAGAUGCACAUCCAGCAACCUCGCGACCCAAGAAUUUGCGAAACCUUUACUGCGAAUCGCAUUAGCAAGAGAAAGAUCAGCUUCUUUUCGGUUUUUAACCACCCGGAGCAUAUUAUCCUGAAUUAUCGUGGCCUUUGCCUCGACACGACAGAACUGCACAAAUCCGAAAACGCCUACCGACAUUGCAAAUCAUUUCAACAUUCACCGCCGGAUGAGGUUUCCUGGAUUAUAUUGACGAUCUACGAGCGACCGGCUGCCGCUGCAAGAAGCCGUUGCAUAACCACGGUUCCUCGCAUCUUCGUUUGCUCUAUCCGUUUGCAGCCCAUCCUUCUUUGCAGAAAACGGACUGAACCCUGCGUCACCUCGCACCAUUGCAUACCGACGUGCUACCAAGACCUGCGAACGCGUCUCUUGGAUUACUAUAGCUCUAUCAACCCCGCAAGUUCUCACACGAUAACAUCUAAACACAAUGACGGUGCUGCGAAAGUUGGAGCCGUAUAUCGGCGCAUUGGCCGUUGCAACUCUGGCCGCGAACCUCGCAUUGACUAUCGCAUUUGCUAUAAAUCUCAGACAAUUCGGGCAUCCAGCUGGGGUACUGGCGUGUGCUUCAGCUGCCCUUGGUGGCCUCUCAUUAUGCGUCAUCGUCUUUGUUGGACUCCACCGUAUAUAUUAUCAACAAAGUGCUGAACAUUCGAAAGCCGCGAGUUGGCGACUUUGGAAAUCAACAUUGGAGGUUGCGAUUAUCCUAAUCAUUUGGAGCCUCGGCGCCAUCGCGACAUUUAUCUGGAUACUCUGCGCUCGAAAGGAUGGUUUGCCUCCAAACACACUUGGCAUGUCCACACAAACUCUUGUCAUCAUUGCUCUUAUUUUAUGGGCUGUUUCGGGCCUCGCGCACUCUCUAUAUAUGAUGAGCAUCGCGAGUGUAGUUAGGAAAGAUCUCCACGCCGCUCAAGGCGUUGUCGCUGCUGAGGAAGGACGGGCAACAUCAGAGACGGCCGAGACGUCCCAUCCAACAGUAGACGACUCUCAGCGCAGCAACGAUGGCUCCACAUACGUUGGCUCUUCGGGCUCAACCUCAACGGGCUCGAUCCAGAAGCGAUCAAGCUCUGAGACUAGGAGUUCUAUCCGAUAUUCGUUCACCAAUGCCAUCAAGCCGAUGACCUCGAAAACUCGUCUCAUUGCCCACGGACAGAGCCAUCGGGCUCCAUCUCUCGAAUCUGCUGGAGAGCGCGAUUUUAUUGACAGUUUCGAUUCGUGGGACACUUCGGGCAUUGAAGGUCCGGCAUGGGAGAGCACUCUCUCUUUCGGAAUCACAAACUCCAGUCCGCUCAGCGCCAUCCCCCCACGCCCUCGCAUCCUUGAGACCAUUCCCGCCUCACCGACAGCGAGCUCUCGUUCGCAAAGCCCGGGAUACACACUAGAAUUCCCACCACCAAGCAUCUAUGCUCGCCACUCACGGAGCCAGUCGCCUGCCAGCUUUAGAGAGCUUUCCGGUAGUCACAGCCCAGUCGGGAGCGAAAAGCACAUUCAUCCCCUCUUCCGCUCUGAUUCACCUACCCCGGCUCCAUCGGCUACACCAACCAGCAUCAUAACCGCAGCGCCAAAUGCGGGAGUGGUGAUCUCUGAGAUGGCUGUAGCUGUAGUGAGGGGGAAGCGAAGUAGCUCUCAGACGGGCCCAAGUCCGCUGAUCCACACGACUAGCUUUGACAAUAUUGCGAUGGAGGUGAAGAGAGAGAUUGGCAAGAUUACGCAAGAAGUGAGGAGGGAGAGCAGGUCACGGUCAGGCGAAGUGGAUUUUAGUGAGAAGAAUAUGGCACCUCCGAUACCUGACUGGAUUCUAGGCGCGGCGCAGCGCACAUCCUUUCAUGGAUAUUCGAAGAGGAAAAGCGACAAGGGAGAAGUGACAGGCGGGGGAUGAAUGGGGGAUUUAAUGGUUAGGAGUCUGCGGUCCUACUAAUGGCCUUUGUUUUCAUUUGUCUGCACGUUUUUGGCAUUUUUGCAGCGCGGGAAAUACCACUGGUUUUCACGGGGUGUGGGUUGGGUGGGAUGGGUUGAUGGCUCAGGCGUUAAUUUGGGGAAGCAAAUUUAUGAAAGGA